UUAGAAAUAAAUUCAGUUAAAAAACACUGAUAAUUAAAUUUUUAGCUAACGGUGCAAGAUACGGUCUACCAUGUGGGUAAUGUGUUUGUUUGGCAAUAGAAUUCGGUGCCGAAACGCAAAUUCCUUCGAAUUCGGCGACGAGACAUAAAGCUUGCCGACUUUUGUAAACGCCUGUGCAAGUGAGCCAUAAGAGAGUCGGCAUCGUAGCAGGCCCCUAGGAAAAGAGUACGGGUAGAGAGAGAGAGAGAGAGAGAGAGAAAGAGAGAGAGGAGAUGGAGCGAAGGGAGUUUGGGAGAGCGCGUCAAAACGCGAUGAGAUCGGGAGUGGUGGUGGUGGGAGCGAUCGCCUUCGCCUACCUCUCCUUUCGCGUGGGCUUCAAACCCUACCUCGACCGCGCUCGAGAUGCCAAGGAAGAGGAGGAGGAGGAGGAGACCUCCCCCCUCGUCCAUGGCGAAGCUCGGAUCCCGCUCUCCCAAACCCCCAUCACCAUCCUUCCUGAAGGAGACGACGAACAAGGAGAAAAGGGUCGUAGGUUCUCUACCUUUUAAUGCCCUAAAUUACAGCUUUUAUUAUUUAGGGUACAACAUAGUCUUUGAGUGGUUGGUUUCAACUUUCAAAUUUUUAGACCUUGAGUGGUCGGUUAGACCGUCCCUAGCGCAGGUGGCAAAAGGGAUUGGUGGGUGGUAUUUGAGAUCCAAAUUUGAAUCAUAGUUGAUUCACAUUUCGAGGUAAGUUUAUUUCUAAAUGAAAUAAACGAAGCGGAUAGCAAGCUAUUUUUCUCUCACAAAAAAAAAAAAAAACUUUCAAAUUUCUAAUCCCAAAAGGUAUUCUAAAUUGGGAAAUGCUUUUGAUUUCCAAAAUACUAUAAUUAUGAACUCUUGAUAAAUUGAUGAAUAUAUAGAAUUUUUUUUUUAAACUCUAUGUAUGAACUAAUGAAAUACACAUUCACACUUUUUAAAUAUGGCACUCGGGAGAACCUGCACUAUUAUUAUACUAAAUUUUACUGUGUUUGGCUUAGAAAAGAAAAAAUUAGUUGAAAGAGUGGACCAGUCAAAGUCCUUUUUUUCGACCAUUAGUGAUAUAUUUAUUGAUGAACUGCAAGUAUGAACUAAUCAAAAUAAAUUUUAGAAGCUCUGGAAAACUCAUAGUAAAAUUGUUCUAAAUUUUAUCACGUUUGGUGUAGAAUAGAAAAAUCUUAGUUAAAAAAGUGAAGGAUCAAACUCUAAUACCGUUUGGUUCGGGGUUAAGAAAAAACUAGUUAUUCCAGGGAUAGGAUUAAGUUUAGGGUUAAGGUGGGGUUAG